GCAAAUAAAUGAAGCAACUCGCGCGUUGCUUAAAAUCGCUGGAAACGGCCGCAUUUCUUAAAUGCCACCAGUCAACUGGCAACACUUCUAUCCCUGAUAUUGAGCUGGUGUCCCAUGGCAGAGCAUACGCUGCCCAGUUGCAACAGCAGUGGCUAAAUCUGCGAAACUUGGCGGUCAACUUUGGUAGUGAAACAGCAACAUCCAGUAGCCGCUUGUCGUUUGUGCAGUCAGCACAGUUGCGCACACAUCUUUGCCAGCUGCGACAGCAGCAUCCCCGCAAAGCAAAGUGUCCCACGCUCCUCAAACAUCAGCAAUUUAUUCAGACUGGCAGCAUCUUCAGCAAUUCAGCAUAUACACAUCGCACACCCGUCACCCAUUUAAUAACUGAUUUAUUUGUGGAACCACAUCGCGGGUUGGAGCAUUUCUACAAUAUGCAGCGUGAAAGCAAAAUCUGGUGGAUGCGUUUCUCCUCGAAUCCUAGUCGUUAUGCCAUUGUCCCAUAUGACUUGCAGUCGGAGCAAGAUUAUUCAAAAGAUUGUCAGGCCAUAGAUAUCAAGUCUACUUUUGGAAGUGAUGAGAUCACUGUGGAGCAACUCACUCUUUCCACAUUACCAGACGACAAAGACUUUGAAUUGCCGGAUGCGCGCACCGGCAAAAUGUUGGUGCCGGCAAUUAUCAGAUCUGUCCUCGAAUUGGAACCAGCUACAUGUGCACUGCUUUUAGAUGGCUGUGACCAUGGACGCGACACCAACUCCUUGCUUCUAAAUCGCGUGCUAGCGCCUUAUCAAUGUGCCAUUGCCUGUGUGCAGGGAAACCCCUUGAGUAAAGAUCUCUUGGAAUUAAGCAAACAUUUUGUGUAUGUGUUGCAACGUGCCGGUCUGCGAUUGUGUCAAGCUGGAGAGAAGCAAAGCUUUUUUACCUACGCCCCCAAUGCAUCAGAGCUCGACAAGCACGUGCAGCUGACCGACACCUUGGGAGUGCCCUACACCCUUCUGCUUGACGAGCAGACGUUACAGAAUGGACUGCUGCAGUUAAGAAAUCGCGACACAAAGCUGACGGAAACCAUACACAUUAGUGAUAUACCCGAUUACUUGAAGAAUAUAUUUAGAUAUUAA